AUGAAAUUGUGUGAAGGAGGGGAACUGUUAGAUAGAAUACUAUCAAGAGGUGGAAGAUACACGGAGGCGGAUGCUAAGAGAGUUAUUGUGCAAAUAUUAAAUGUUGUAGCCUUUUGUCAUCUUCAAGGUGUUGUGCAUCGUGAUUUGAAGCCAGAGAACUUUCUUUUUACCAAAAGAGAAGAAGAUGCUCCCAUGAAGGUUAUUGACUUUGGUCUCUCUGAUUUUAUCAAACCAGGUAAUAUUCACUAUUCUAGUUCCUCGAAUGCUAUUGCCUCUUGCAAAUGCAGUUGA